CUGAAGAAGUUUGGACGGAUUGAUUCGAUUUUUGGCGCUUUAUCUCUUCCUUUUUCAGGUGGAUAACUAAUCCAGGACAACAUGAGCAGCACAACAGAAAGAAAUAAAACAGACAGCAGCCUAGACAAGAGUGCCAGCAAAAGCGAAGAUGCUAAAUCUUCAGGCUGGUACUCAGGCAGCUACACUGGUGGCUCUCCUGCAGUGUAUCCUGGGUAUCCUGUCAGUGCCCAUGCAUCCCCUGCAUACUCACCUUAUGGUCCAGGACAGUGGGGUGCCAACUAUGCAGCAUCUCCUUACUCCAGUUAUCCUGGCUAUGCUGGUUGGGACUACAGCAACAACAGUGCCUCUGUAGUGCCACCUCCACCUCCUCCUCCUCCAGGGAUGAGUGACCCGACUGCUCCUCCUCUGCCUCCUAAUCCUCCUAAUGUCUCUUCCAAAUCCUCAGUAAAGAGCGACAAGGCUCCUCUUCCCCCCAUCCCCCAACCAUCACUGAGUUUACCACCCCCUCCUCCUCCCGGCCCUCCGCCACCUCCCCCCUUGGUGCCGCCUCCUCCACCCAAAAUUGAAUCCUCGAAGACUAAGGAGAAAGAAUCAAAAGAAGAGCGUAGAAAAAGAAAGAAGGAAAAAAAGAAAAAGGAGAGGGAAGAGAGGGAGCGAGAGAAGGCACACAAAGCUAAAAAGGACAAAUCUCCUGAAACUGCACCGUCUGUCAAGUCUUAUGCAGCUGCUCUUAAAGAAGCCAAAAAUGAGGAGCCUGAGAAAGACAGCAAAGACUUGGAAAAGACCAAUAAGACCACAAGCAUGGAUGUACCUAGCAAUUUGCCUUAUCCUCCUCCUGACUUCUCUCGUCCUCCUCCACCACCUCCACCUCUUCCCCAAGAUCAAGAAGCUCGAGCUCUCCAACCUCCCCAUAUUCCUCACGCAUCCCCAUACCACGGAGGCUUUGAUAUCAACAUGCCACCUCCAAAUUUCCACUCUUCAAAACCUGACUUUUAUGGAGCAAGUCAUUCAGGUGGCUUAGAUUCUCGUGGCCCGCCUCCAUCUCAUCCCCAUUUCGGGUAUGGCGGUUGGUAUGGAGGCCACAGCGGGCCAGAAGGUGGGGACCCUGACAGACAGCAAGGGAUGGAUGAUGAGCAGCAUUAUGGAUCAGGUUAUCAUCAGCACAUGCAGCAUCAUGGUGAUGAUAAUAUGUAUAAUAAGGUGAAUGAUCGUGAUGGACGUGAACCUCACGCUUCCUUCGAUAAACCUUAUGGCACUCCUGCUGCUUCAGGCCAAAUUAAGUUCAAUUUUCCUUCCAAAAAUUUGUUCAGUAACAAACCAAAUGCAUUACUAGCUACCCCUAAGAAAAAUGGCCCCUGGGGGCCUGAUCAAAUGAACAAGCAAGGCUUUUGGGCUGAUGAACGCAGCGGGAGUGGUGAUAAGGAUUACCGAAACGUUCCUUACCAAGACAAGGAUGUUGACUUGAGAGAAAGUGCACCUUCAGGUCAACCGCCUAACUUGAACAAUUCCUGGCGUAGUGAUGGGCCUGGCAUGGCCCACAAGGGAUCUCUUCUGGGCCCUCGACCAGGGUUCAACACCAGCGGCGUUGUGUCCAGUAAAGAAUCCCUUGCUAAAAAUACUGGAAACUUGAACAGCAAUAAACAGCAGCAGCAGAACCAGCAAGAUGUUGCCAAUAUGUUGAAGGGGGACUGGCCAGAAUCUUUGAAACGAUACGUGGAGCGAUGCUUCUCGAAAUGUGUCACAGAUCUGGACAAGGAUCAGGUAGAGAUAGUACUGAAAGGCAAGCUUACUGCUGCUGCGAAGACUGGCACGCUUUGGACUCACAACUGGAACGAGGAAGCGGUGCCCAAUGUUCACAGUGACUCGAUGUUUGCCAACAUUCGCAGCAAAUUCCCUUCUCGCGGCGAUGGUAACGUCGGUGAUAUGGACAAAGCCAGCAUCUCGGACAAGGGCGUCCAGGACGGUCCCACUGGGCGAGGAGGUCUCCUCCCCAGCCGAGGCGGGUUCGAUAGAGGAAGAGGGGGCUACGAUCGUGGCCGUGGUGGCUUCGACGGCGGGAGAGGAGGUUUUGAUCGUGGUAGAGUCUCGUUUGAUGGUGGAAGGGGAGGCUUUGAUGGUGGAAGAGGAGGAUUUGAUGGUGGAAGAGGAGGCUUUGAUGGUGGAAGAGGAGGAUUUGAUGGUGGAAGAGGAGGCUUUGAUGGCGGAAGAGGGGGCUAUGAUGGUGGAAGGGGAGGCUUCGAUGGCGGGAGGGGAAGCUUUGACGGCGGAAAAGGAUAUGACUGUGGAAGAGGUGAACUUGGUGGGAGGGGAGGAGGUCCAGACUCUGGUAUAGGAAGCAUGGAUGUUGGAAAAGGAGGAUUUGAAAGAGGACGAGGAAGAAGUGAGGGAGGCAGAGGAGGCUUCAACGAGGAUCGUCUCAGCUACGAAGAAGAAGAGACAGGUCGAGAAGGCGUUGGUUUUGACGGCGGCCGUGGUAAGAGGCGCAACAGAAGAGGCUCCAGCUCGGGCUACUCUCGCUCCCGGUCUCGGUCCAGGUCUCGUUCGCCAUACUCAGGUCGCAACAGACGUGACGCUCGUCGUCAACAAACGACUUCGUCUCGUUCCCCUGACGACGCCAGCACCAGCAGUGGUUUUGUGGCGGUCGGUGGUCGCGGCGGUCGAGGGCGAGGUGAGAGUGGCGGACGCGGCGUCAAGCGUGGACGCGGUAACGCCACACGCGGAGGCGGCAACCGCGGCGGCGCUGCGGACCAAAGCGACGAUGACAACAAACCCAACAAAAAAAUGAAGACCGACGCGAAAAAGGACCAGCGCGGAGAAAUCUACUUCUACAGCAAAGGUGGCAAGAUGACUCUGGACGCGGAUCUCUCGACUGCGGCACACUUGCAGAAGCGCGCGGCCAGGUUCCAGAACAUGAUGGGUGGGUCGGAGACCAAAGAAACUGUCACCUCCCCGGGCAAAGGGCGUGGACGAGGCAAAAGAGGACGGGGCCGCGGUAGGGGCGCGAUCUCUCUUGCAUCGGACUCGAGUACCACCACAACCCCCAGUAUCAUGGCAACCAUCAACGCCUCUCUCUUUUCAGUCGACUCGGGUGACAUGGACUGGACUGCCAUGCAUGUUGUGGGAACAUCCACUGAGCUCAAGAAACAAUACUUGAGGCUUACCUCAGCUCCUGACCCUAGCACUGUUAGAACUCUGGCUACACUACACAAAUCUCUUGAAUUUGUUAAGAAAGAUUGGGUAGAGAACAAAGAUUAUAGGUACACUUGCAACCAAAUGAAGAGCAUCCGACAGGACUUGACAGUGCAAGGAAUUCGAGAUGCCUUCACUGUGCUGGUUUACGAGAGCCAUUGUCGUAUCGCCUUGGAGACGAACGAUCAUGAAGAGUUCAAUCAGUGCCAGUCACAACUGAAGCAGCUCUACAAUGAAGUGCCUAACUCCCCUAAUGCACUCGAGUUCACGGCCUAUCGGUUGCUCUACUACAUUUACACAAAAAACACUCUAGACAUGACAUCGUUGAUGGCAGAGCUCACACCCAAACAGAAAGGGGACAUUUGUAUAUCAUUUGCGUUGAAGUUGAGGGCCGCGUGGGCAAUGAGUAACUAUUACAGAUUCUUCAAGCUGUACAAAAAUGCGCCUAAAAUGGCCGCUUACCUGAUCGAUUGGUUUGCAGAAAGAGAAAGAAAAACUGCCUUCAAGAUAAUCGUCAAGGGCUACCGGCCCGGUAGUAUCUCGUGCGACUAUGUCAAGCAGCAGCUCGCAUUAGAUGAAGCGACCUGGCCUAAGUUUGCCGACACGGUCGGUGCCAAGUACACCGACCACACCCGGACUAAAAUCGACUGCAAAAAUACUGUGCUCGUUGCUUAAACGCGCUUCUUCGUUACUUUAGUCACACGUCAUUGUUACUCGUUAUCACUUUGCCAUCAUGCUACAAGAAUUGGUGCCAACAUACAACGCAAAUUUGUCUUGUCGACGACUAGAUGGUCAUCUCACCACUACAUCUAAAUGUUUGCAUCAAUUUACGCCUGGCCAUUUUGUCAGUUCUUUAGCUGGCCAAACUCGGCUCGUUUUGUUUCAUCCAAGUUCAUAAAGCGACUUGGAUCAACAGGUACACCGUCUCGCAACAUCCAUGUGCAUCUUUACUGUGAUCUCUACAUGACUGAAGAAUCACGUGCCUCAUUUAUUCAACGCCUUCUAAUUUUGGUUGGCAAGCUCUUUGAGAAAACUCAGUAGUAUCGGAAAAUAUUAUCUUCAGAUGAUUGCACUUCUAAGUUUGUAGCGCUGCCGGUUCUGUGCUACUCAUGCCGCCUUUUAAACGCCAUUUCGCAAUUACCUCCCAGGAUUGGCAAGAAGCGCGUCAAAUGAAACUUAGGACACUAUAUUCCUGGGUAAAUACUUGGCUCCAUGUGCACUGUCAAUGCUGAGAGAGUUCAACAAUUCGUGAAGCUAGUCUUGAGUUGGCGCGAAGCAAGUGGUUCGAAACACUUUCUCCUAAUUCAAUGCUGUAAAGUUAGAUCGGAUACCUCACAAGCGCAUCACAAUAUUUGUGAUGUACCUUUUCUCCGAUACAGAAGAUCGUCAAUGUGUUGAUGUGGAUCAACGCCAAGUUUCCUAGCUCGAACGUGAUGCUUCGAUGUGAAAUUUUAGUAGCAAUAAAGUUUUAGUUUUUUCUUCCAGAACUGGUCUUACAUGAAAAAAUUUCGAGGGACAAGGGUGGAUUCACACUGAAACUUUACAUAAUUUUCGGCAAAUCGUUAUAAUUCAUUUUUACAGUUAUUAUUAAACUCUGGCAUCAAAGUAAA